UCGCAUCACUGUGAGGUAAUUGGCCUACAAAUGCAGCCUCAGGAGGAUGCAGCUUACGUUCUGGGAGACAGCUAAGAUGUUAUAACUCAAAUAAAUUUGGCAAACCCCCUUAAUGCUAAAAAAACAUACAUUGCCAUCUACUGGACAGGUAGGGUCUAGAUGAUGCUAAAGCAUGCUCCAACUUCAUUGUUUUUCUGUUUUUAAAGAUUUACAUUGGCUGUGCUCUGCGUCCACCAAAAUGAAACAGAUACUACCUGCGGGCUAAUCAGGCUAGCUAACACAAAAUGCAAAAGGCUGCGAGGUGGCCGAGCGGGUCGUCUAUCAGUCAGAAGCUCCUCGAGUCGUGUGUCGAAGCAUCUUUGGGUGAAACACUGAACCCCAGAGUGUCCCCGAUUCAUCCAGCGUGAAUGUUUAAUAAGGCUGCUGUACGAAUGUGUGAGCUUCAGCUGUUACACAAGCACCAGCCCAUGCACCAUCCAUCCAGCCACGAGACAGGCUCUGCAGAGCGCCAAGGUUUCCUGCCUGAUGCCUCUCAGUGAGUCCAUCCAGUAAUAAUCAGUUUUGAGUGUUUUGAAUCAUUAGCAUGAAUUUAUAUGGAAUAUAAAUGAAAUACACAGGAACUCUUAGGUUUACCGCCUGAUGCCCCCCCCCAUGCCCCGUGGCUGCCCUUUUAUUAUCUCCAGCCCUGCAUCUAAAACUUGCAGCUGUCUGAAAGGAGGGACCGGACGUCUGUACCCAGCGACGGGUGAUUUGGAAAAUGAUCGUCAGUGACAUGGAAACAGCAGCAGCCUUGAUGAUGUUGGGUAUAUAUCUGAUCGAUCAGCAGCUGAAGAGAAAACCAGCGUCCAGCAGGCAGACAUGGCGUGGCUCCAUCAGAGUCGAGGCUCACCCAGACUCGUCCUGGUGGUGGUUUGUGUCGCUCUGCUGCUCGACAACAUGCUGCUCACUGUGGUCGUACCGAUCAUCCCAACAUUCCUCUACGCCAUCGAGCAUCCGAGUCCGGAGCCACAGACCGCCCAGCCCUCCCUGCUCCCUCUGCCCAGCCUCGAUGCAUCACGUCUGGGCACUGCACCCUCACAGCCCCCCUCCUCCGCCUUCAGCCUCCAGACCUCCAGCCGGACCUCCCAGCGCCUCCAGCUGCCUCGGUCCAGUACUGGUGCACCGGUCCAGGGUACAGGGCCGACCCUAUCGGCUCUGGUGUCCCUGUUUGAUAACUCGACCUUCAGCCUGACUGACGCGAGCACCGGCUCCGAACCGGUGGACCGCACCUUAGUGACCCCGGACGUGCAGGGCAACGAGACCGAAGGCUCUUCCUGUCUUCAGGACAGUUUGUUUCUGGAAGAAGAAAAUGUUCGAGUUGGUUUGUUGUUUGCUUCUAAAGCUAUCAUCCAGCUGCUCGUCAACCCCUUCGUUGGUCCACUGACUAACAGGAUCGGGUAUCACAUCCCCAUGUUUGCUGGUUUCAUCAUCAUGUUUGUGUCAACCAUCAUGUUUGCCUUCUCAGGGACGUACGCUCUGCUGUUCGUCGCUCGCUCUCUGCAGGGGAUCGGCUCGUCCUUCUCCUCAGUGGCAGGUCUGGGCAUGCUGGCCAGCGUGUACACAGACGAUGAGGAGAGAGGCAUUGCGAUGGGCGUGGCGCUGGGAGGACUGGCUAUGGGAGUCCUGAUCGGAGCGCCGUUCGGCAGCGUGAUGUAUGACUUCGUGGGGAAGAGCGCCCCCUUCCUGAUCCUGGCCUUCCUGGCUGUGUUCGAUGGAGCGUUGCAGUUGUGCAUCCUGCAGCCUUCAAAGAUCUCUCCUGGGAGUGUGGAGGGAACGCCGUUACUGACCCUGCUGAAGGAUCCAUACAUCCUCGUCAGUGCAGGGUCUCUGUGCUUCGCCAACAUGGGCGUGGCCAUCCUGGAGCCCACUCUGCCCAUCUGGAUGAUGCAGACGAUGUGCUCCCCGAAAUGGCAGCUGGGUAUUGCCUUCCUCCCUGCCAGCGUGUCCUACCUGAUAGGAACAAACCUGUUUGGAGUUCUGGCCAAUAAGAUGGGACGGUGGCUGUGCUCCAUGCUAGGGAUGUUUAUCGUUGGCAUCAGUCUGCUGUGUGUUCCCUUUGCCACCAGUAUCUACGGCCUGAUUGGACCAAACGGCGGUCUGGGAUUUGCGAUAGGUAUGGUGGACUCCUCCAUGAUGGCCAUUAUGGGCUACCUGGUUGAUAUCCGCCACGCCUCCGUCUACGGCAGCGUCUACGCCAUCGCUGACGUGGCGCUGUGCAUGGGCUUCGCUAUAGGGCCGUCCACAGGGGGCGCUCUGGUCCAGGCUGUGGGCUUUCCCUGUCUCAUGGUGUUCAUCGGAGUCAUCAACAUCCUGUACGCGCCGCUCUGCUUCCUGUUACGUAACCCUGCUGUCCGAGAGGAGAAAAUGGCGAUCAUUGAUCAGGAGUGUGUGAUGCACAGGAAAAGCUACAACACACACAAGGAAAGCUGUGAGUUUCCUCUGAGCGACUACAGCGAGGAGGAGGAGACGGAGGAGUGACGUGCACAAGCUCGCCAAAAUGUCCACGUCGUUACGCCACCUUAGCGUCACCUUUGCACUUCCUGUCGUCACGGUCAGAGAGGAGCAGACCUUCUUAAAGGGAUGGCGUGGAUCAUCAUUUAGGUGGGGGAGGGGGGGGGGGGGGGGGG